AUGGUGGGCGAGUGGGUGCGGCUGCGGCGGGAGGGCGAGGCCGGGCCCGGCGAGGCGCACCUGGCGGCCGUGCUGGCCUUGCAUCCCCGCUGGGACUUCCCGCAGGAGCCCCGGGACCCCCCGGAGGGCUCGGCCGUCAUCCCAGCCGCACUGGCCUUCAACCUGGCCUGCGACCCGCUGGGCGGGAGCCACCUGCUCAUCGAGAGGUAUGGGGAAGCUCCUGGUAUGGAAAAGAAACAAGGAAGUCGGUCCUUGCUAUCCAUUCCGCCCUUUGCGAAGGAACUGCACAUAGAGAUUGUCUCCUCACCAGCCUACAGCACCAGAGGAGUCUAUGACAGUAUUCUCCACCAACACUUCCAAACUCCAAGGUUGGUCCAGGAGGAUGAUAUCCUGUGUAUUCCGACAGCUGGACAUCCUGAGUUCUUGGAAGGAAAUUCAGAGAAAUUUCUUAGCUGGCCGGAGCUGUACUUCAUGGUGAAGAAGAUUGUAGGGGUGGCGGAAGGAGAGCAAUCUGUGGGGUACCUGGCUGACAUCAAGAACACAUCGCUCUACCUGGUGGGUUCAACAAACAGUGCUGUGCCAUCUUCCCCAAGCCGUGGUGGCCAUGGGUUUUGGAGCAGUCUGUCUCCCGCCGGGCUCUCUGAUGUGGUGACGCAGCUCUGUGAUGCUCUCCGGCCUCAUCUGAACAGCAGGGGGACUGCGCUACGUGGAACAGGCAGCAUUCUACUGGCGGGACCCAGUGGUGGCGGGAAACUGACGGCUGUCAGAGCUGCAUGUAGUUGCCUCAGUCUCCACUUGUUCAAGGUGGACUGUGUUAGUUUGUGUGGAGACACUAGUGGAGCUACAGAGAUGAAGCUGCAAUCUGCCUUUGCGCAGGCUGAGCUCUUCCGGCCAUGUGUGCUCCUGCUGAAGGACAUCGAGCUACUGGGACGAGACCGGGAUGGGCUGGGAGAGGACUCCAGAGUCACUGCUACACUAAGGCACCUCCUCCUGGAAAGAGAUGCGGGAUCUAGCGGUUACCCUGUCCUGGUGGUUGCCACCACGUGCCGGCCUCAGGACGUCCUGGCAGACGUGCAGACAGCUUUCCUCCAUGAGGUGACGGUCCACGCCCCGUCGGAAGAGCAGCGGAAGGCCAUGCUGAGCACGCUCACUGCCAGCCUUCUGUUGGGCAAGGAAGUGAGCCUGGCCAAACUAGCGCGGAGAAGUGCGGGGUUUGUGCUGGGAGAUUUCUGUGCUUUGCUGGCCCAAGGAGGCCGGGCAGCUUGCACCAGGAUCUUAACCUCAAGUUUCCCAGGGGGGCUGAGUGAGGACGAGGAGAGAGAUUUUUGUGCUGCUGGGUUCCCUGUUCUCGCAGAAGAUUUUAACAUUGCAUUGGAUCAGCUGCAUGAGACUCAUUCGCAGGCAGUUGGAGCCCCAAAGAUCCCCGUGGUCACCUGGCAGGACAUCGGCGGGCUCCAGGAGGUGAAGAAGGACAUCCUGGACACCAUCCAGCUGCCUUUGGAGCACCCGGAGCUGCUGUCUGUGGGGCUGCGCCGCUCUGGCCUUCUGCUCUAUGGGCCUCCUGGGACAGGAAAGACCUUGCUUGCCAAAGCUGUGGCCACGGAGUGCACCAUGACGUUCCUCAGUGUGAAAGGGCCAGAGCUCAUUAACAUGUACGUGGGGCAGAGUGAAGGGAAUGUGCGCCAAGUGUUUGCCAGAGCCCGGGCAGCUGCCCCCUGCAUUAUCUUCUUUGAUGAACUGGAUUCCUUGGCACCCAACCGGGGACGGAGCGGAGACUCAGGUGGAGUUAUGGACAGAGUUGUCUCCCAGCUGCUAGCAGAACUUGAUGGACUUCAUUCCACCAGAGACGUAUUUGUGAUCGGCGCCACCAACAGACCUGACCUGCUAGACCCAGCACUGCUCCGGCCUGGCAGGUUUGACAAGCUGGUCUAUGUCGGCAUGAAUGAGGACCGGGAGUCUCAGCUGCGAGUGCUGAGCGCCAUCACCAGAAAGUUCAAACUGGACCCUUCAGUGAGUCUUAGCAGUGUCCUAGAUCAGUGCCCUGCCCAGCUGACGGGAGCAGAUCUGUAUGCGCUCUGCGCAGACGCCAUGAUGUGUGCCGUCAAACGGAAGGUGGAUUGGAUUGAGGAAGGGCUGGACACAGAGAGUUCCGCUCUAGUUCUGACCAUGGAGGAUUUUGGACAAGCUGCCACAAGGCUGCAGCCGUCAGUUUCGGAGCAGGAGCUGCUCAAAUACAGAGUGAUCCAGCGGAAGUUUGCUGCCUGCUAGCCUGCAGUGAGAAGGGAAGGGAAGGCGCACACAAAGCCCUAAUACAGAGAAGGCCAAGAGGAUUCGGGACAGGUGUGUGGGCUGGAGAGGGGGAG